CAUGCAAACUUCUCCACUCAGGAUUCGUCGUCUCAGAUCCCCAAAUGGCUUACAAGAUUAUAGGAACCAGAGAAUUGACAGAAGAACUGGCCGGACAAAUACAAUACAUGGUCUAGAUAAAGUUUUCGAUUUUGAAUCAUCACCUUUACGUAGGUGCCAGACCGAAGGCUCCGAAUGCAAAUGGAAAACUACGAGUAGCCAAGCAGGAAUCUGCUUUACUACACCACUCCAUAAAAAAGGUUUAUCAUUAUUACUUAAUGCUGAAUCUUAUGAAAAUUCCCCCGUCGAACUCGGCAACAAGGGUUUGAAAAUGUAUGUUGGCGAAAGAGAGCCUAUAUUGGCUUACCGAAAUGCUCUAAGCUUGAUCCCUGGACGACAAUUCAGCGUCGGAGCGACACCGAUAAUUUACGAUUCAACAGAGUGUUCUGAAAAGUCUGAAAAAUGCUUGGCUGCUUGUUUAAUCGAACAUCAGAAGAAGGAUUGCGCAUGCGCCGAACCAUUCUCAAAACUUUUAGUCGACGCGUUCUCUCGACCGGAAGUCGACGAAUUGUUGGAAACUGGAGAAAGGCUUGAAGCGGGUUUUAGGACAGCUUUAGGUGUUAGAGAUAAACUAAAUAAUUUAGAUGACGACACAAAGGACUUUCGUCACCUUAAAGAAUCGUUUGAUAUUAGUAUAGCCGCCUUUGAUAACGCCAUGCACAAGUUAAAUAAAACAAGAAAGAAAUUAAGGAAGUUAGCGGAUGAAAUAGAGAGAAGAUCGGAUUUCCACAAAUUCCACACAAAACAAGAGCAGAAAACUCUAAUUCGUGAUGAAAUUUUAGCACCUUGGUGGAGUUACCGCGAAAAAUAUCUUAAUAAAUUCGAAUACAACGCUAACCAGGCUGCAAUUGAUUUCAAUUCGAGUAUCCAAGUGCUUUUGUCAAAGAAGAGUCGAACAACCAAAGAAAUAUCCGCUGCCAUUUCCAAGAGAACAUUGACAUUAACAAGGAUGAUGGCCCAAAACGCCAUAACGAAAAUGGUGUCUUUCAUCUCGCUUUUAACUAAACGUAAGGAGGUGUCUAAUGCUUUACUACCAUUCGACGCGUUAAGAAAAAUCCAUAACCAGACAUUAAUCAACUCCAUUAACGAGUGCCUUAUGCAAGUUGUAAUCUCCGCCUCCAAAGCCCUAACCCUCACAAAUAAGGCCGAUGUGGAACCUUCAAAUUAUAGCAAAAAAAAUGCUAGCGACGCUCAAAUCUGUAUUUCUAUGAUGAUGAAAAAUAGUAGGGCUUUAUCAAUUUUGAAAUAUAAAUUAGAAGAGAGCUUUACCAACUUCGAUAGAGACUUAAAAUCAUCCGAUAGCACUUUGGAAGAUAAAAGUAAUUCAGUUAGACGUCUAUUAGGUAAUUUCUUACAAAAAUCAAAUUCUAUUGAAGAGUUAUUUAAUAAAUUAAAAUUACGAUUAAAUACGGAUGUAAGAAAUUUUAUAUUGGAAUAUCAAAAUUAUACGAAGAACUAUCACCUGACUAAAUUAAAUAUUAAGGUUAAAGGUAUUUCAAACUUUGAAUUUGACACUCAAAAUAUUUUAACGGAGUGGAAAUUGAAAAGCGAUAACCUCUUAGAAGUAGUAACAAAAUUUGGCGACCGCCUAACGUCUCUUUGGCGUCUAAUUCAGGCGGACGGUAACACGAAAACCUAUUACGAAAGAAUCUCGGCCGAUAUCGACAAUCUGAAUUAUUCAUCAAAAGAGGCGAUACAACUAGCUCGAUUAGCCCGCUUUGACGCUCCAGACGCUCAAAGGAUUCCAAAAGCCGAAUGGAAGAGCAGAUUAAAUGCCGAUGUGGACAAGCUAGAUGACAAUUUAAAACGAGUCCGAUCAACUCUAGAUGGCGUUCGUCGAUUAGCAAAAAAUGAUAUAUUUUUGAGGUCCAGCGUCUCUUUCGCCAAGACAUUGCGAUUGGUGGAGGCGAAAUUGAGAAAAUUCGCCGAGAAAUGCGAACUGUCAGGCGAAUUUAUAAGGCAAAAUCUCGUCCAAGUUGAUGUUCAUCUAGAAGACUAUGUCGAGAGAAUUAGGGAGGUGUGGGAUUAUGAAUGGACAGACUUAAUAUGCGACAUUGGGGGCUGCCUAGCAUUACUUCUUGGAGCGAGUGCUUUAUCUAUGGUCGAUCUUUUCGAUUAUUUAUUAUUUCGCAGACGGAACAAAGAGCAUGAAAGGCGUCUAAACGACGUCGAAUUUAGUCCUAAAAAAACAGAGAAUAAGGCUGAUUGUGCAACUGAAGUUUGA